GUUGGUGAUGAAAUCUUAGCCGUUAAUUUAGUCGAUGUAACAAGAAUGAGUUUAGACGAUGUUGUAAUUAUAAUGUCAAUUCCUCGUCGGCUUGUUCUCGCUACAAGACAAGUCAAAGGCCUCAGACAAGCACAAGGAACGCCCUCUCAACCUCGUGCUCUAGAGCUUAAAGUUCCACCCGUUGUUGUGAUCAAGAAGUCUCUAACUAGGGAAGAAGAUCAAGAUGAUGAGGAAGAUGAAGAAAAUAAUCAUCGAUUUGCUGAUUUAAAUAGAGAAUCAAAAAUCAGGGGCCGAGUGGGACAGUCUAGAUCCCAUUUAGCGCUUGGCUCGUUAGAUACAAAUGGUGACAUAGGGUCAGGUGCUUUAUACUAUAAUUCUCGACCUCAUGCUGCCACU